AUGAGUGAACCGCUAAACCCACCGUUGGGACUAACAAUCUCCAUCACCGAACCCAUCCGCUCCUUUCUCCUCACGGCUUCCAAAGACACAGAGCUAUCUGAACAACUCCAGGAUCUCGCUCUCAAUCUCUCCUCUCAACAUAACUUGCACUACAAAGCCUUCCGAACUAUAUGGAUCCAAUCCCCUCCCUCAACCAGACCGGACUUGAUCCGCCUCUUCUCCGGUUCCAAUUUCAUCUUCUCUAGCCCCAAACCCAGAGAAAAGAGUGAAGAAUUGAAGGCGAGAUUGAGGAAACUUGAAGAAAUGGCAGAGCGGAAUGCGUAUGCAGAGCUAGUUAAGGAUAUUACGCCGCGGAAGAAUACCAAUGAGCCCUUCUCUUCUUAUAAGGAUCAGUUUGGCUUUGGAUUCCAAUUAGUAGCUUUGACUGUUAUAAACCUCUACCAUUUUAAUCCGACUCUGAAUGAAUUGGUCAUAUGGGACAGUUUGCAUGUUGUUCUUAUCAUGUUUACUGGCUAUCUGGUUGGAUAUGCAACAUUUAGAGCUUUGUUUGGACACAGUUCUGCCAUGAGUGCUGCUGGAGGCAUUCUUGGACUGGUUUGUGGAAUGCUUGUAGAAACACUUCUUUUCAUAAUUAGAACUUCCAACCCAGAUCCUGGAUCAUCAACUUCUACUUCUAAGCUAAAGAAGAAUCAAUAG